CCGGGAUUAUAGGAUCGAGGGUCACUUACACCAAGAGCCGGGAAUGCGGAGAGGCAUUCUGGUGUUCUCAAGGUCAUUUCUGCAAUUGCCGGCUGAUCUUGCCCACUCCGGAGCAGACUGGCGUUGGGUCCUGUGCGGCCAUGCCCUCUUCGUCGAAACUCUCCGGGGACGGGGCGGCGCCAGGAAUGUUCUCUGCAUGGUAACUCGAGGUGAUCUUCAAUGGACUAGACAUGUCGGGACAAGCCGCUCGGAAUCAGACAUCCCAGCAUCCCAAUCCGUCCAACGCUCCUUCAAGCCAUGGGAUGCCACUGCACGAACAUUAUCCACAUGUGCUUGCGUCGCGCUCACCAUGCCGACCGUUUUUGUUAGCUGUGCGGAAGACGGUGUGAGCGUCGACAGGGACCCGGUUACGACGGGUUUGCGCCACUGGUGGGAGUCGAUGUUGGCAAGUUUUUUGGAGGCGAGGAGCCGCGGGCGAGGAAGGCAGUUACGGGAGCCAGCAUUAGCGAUGACAUCUGCGCAUCCCACCUGGAGUUAUCCACAACGGUUCCUGCGUACCCCCUUCUUCCCUACCACCGCCCCUUCCCCCUCAAAUGGAAGAGUGGUAAGACCUGCCAUGUCCCCAAGCUAGGCAAGCGCCGUAGUGAGGUUAUGGGACCAAGGGCGCGGCUAUCCCCGCGGCUAUCGUUCCUGGGAUCAGUCAAGUCAACGAAAAGGGAUGGAGGUGCAUCUCCGGGCGAGCCGCGCUGAGCCCACCACCCAACCAUGGACCAGGUUACGUGAUGCGGACUGCAGCGGCACGGUCUGGUCACUGAGUC